UUUGCCGGUGGCUAUGCUUACCUCAGCUGCUGGAGGAGUAGAGAACCUCCGCUGUGCUGCGUUGUUUGCGGCGUGAAUUCGGGGCGGUUUCUCCAGGGUUAGGGUGGUGGGUAAGGCACUCGGUGAUAUGAACCCGUUGGGGCUUUAGUUUCCCUGCUGCUGCCUCCACCGUGCCCCAUUGGGGUAUUCUAGUGUCUGAGAAACUCGAAGUUGGAGCUAGAGGCGCGCACUUCACUAAGGGGUUUUACUUCACGAGAAAUGUAACCCAACAGGCUGGAUUUUAACUUGGGAGAUCGGAAACCAGAAGCCUCCUCCCUGUAGGCGAGAGAGGAGACGUCACCUGAGGAGAAACGGCCUGACAAGAGGCGUUCUGUCGGGAAACCUCAAAAUCCUGUUCGUGAAGUCUCUGCGUGAACGCUGCGGCUGCAGUUCCCCUUGAGACAUAAUAAUAGCAGUUACAUUUUCGGGGGCUCUCACUGUUGUCAGUGCCCUCCAGCCAGAAACCACCGAGAACACCCGUCUAGUUGAACAAAGCUGGGCUUAUUGUCUCCUUGUAAGAAGGGGAGGCACAGCAUGAGGUGCAGGGGGGAGCGUCUCAGGAAGAGGGUGCUGGAAAGUAUUUACAGGGUUUGGGCUUGUGUUAGGUAAUUUGGGGGAGGGUUCCAGGAAGCAGGCUUUCUCUCUGGAUUGGAUGCUAUCAGGAGGUGAAGAUACAGAAGCCAAAUUAUGGAGUCCACAAAAAGUAGUAAGAAAUCCAGAACAACCUACUGGAAUCUUCACUCUGGGCCGUUCUUGACACUCAGUAGCACCCCAGAUCUCCAGCUUCCCAAGAGCAUCUGAAACGCACUGCCUCAGUUGAUUGUGGCCUUGGCUUCACUGAAUAAGCCUGUUCCUUUGGUGUACACCAGAAGAAGUAACCAAGAGGCUCGUUUCAACAGAUAUGCAUUGAUACCUGCCUGUGAAUGGACCAAUGUGAUGGAGUUUGGGAAUAUAAAGAUGAAUGAGACCUCCCUUCCAGGACUUCACACACUAGUAGAGGAGGGAUAACUCACUCAACCUGGAGGUGAGGGCUGUAAGGAGGUAUUUUCUUGGAUGAGGAGGGAAAUGAAAAGUCUGAUAGGAUGGUUCUUCUUGGCUACUGUUGAAGGCACCUGAUCUCCUGCUCCCUGGAAGAGAAACCUGAAUAAAGACAGCCUGGCAGCAGAGAAGGGUUUUUCUUGGCAGUGGCUGCUUCUGACUUCAGAGCUGUGAGCACUGAGCUAGAAAGCAGUACAGAGAGAGAGAACCAGGAACUAAAAUGACACCAGGAAAUGGGAGACUCAGGAGAGAAAGGACCUGACUUUCUUCCCCUCUAGACGGUGUGCUUUGCAAGGUUCGUCUUUUCACCUGGACUGGGAAAGAAAACAAACCACCCAGCAUACUUCUGUGCCUUGCGUUUUGACCCAGCCCACAGAACGACUGGAAGAAUCUUUGCAGACCCACCAGAGAUCCCCGGAUUCCACUUGCAGAACCACUGAUCUAAAAAGCGACAUCUUGAUUCUUUUGAUCUGGAAUUAUCUAUUAUUGACCACAGAAAGCUGCUACUGACGAUUCCCGGAGCAGGGCCCUGUACAGUGAGAGGCCUCCCGAGAUGGAUGUCACCCGCCUCCUUCUGGCUACCCUGCUGGUCUGCCUGUGCUUCCUCACUGCCUACAGCCACCUGGCACCUGAGAAAAAGCCCAGAGAUGAAAGGAGGCUGAGGAGCAACUCUUCCAUGAACCUGUUGGAUUUCCCUUCUAUCUCUAUUGUGGCACUGAACAAGAAAUCCCAAAAGAUCAGCAGAAAAGAAGCAGAAAAGAAGAAAACAUCUUCCAAGAAAAAGGCUUCGGUGAAGAAGGUGGCACGGCCCCGGCCCCCGCCGCCUGUGCCCUGCGUGGCCACCCGCGACAGCUGCAAGCCUCCGGCGCCCGCCUGCUGCGACCCGUGCGCCUUCUGCCAGUGCCGCUUCUUCCGCAGCGCCUGCUCCUGCCGUGUGCUCAACCCCGCCUGCUGAGCCCUACUCUGGGUGGCGGGCGGAGCGG